AUGUGGGUGAUGAAUUGGAUCGAAACCGAGGACCCGGCUGUUUGGUCCGCCAUUUCCUCCGAAAUCGACCGUCAGCAGGACGGGCUGGAGAUGAUCGCCAGCGAGAAUUACGUGAGCCCGGCCAUUCAACAGGCCGCCGGCAGCGUGCUGACCAAUAAAUAUGCCGAGGGAUACCCUGGCCGCCGGUACUACGGGGGCUGCCAGUUUGUCGACGUGGUGGAGGACCUGGCCCGCGACCGUGCGAAAGAACUGUUCGGCUGCGAGCAUGUGAAUGUUCAGCCGCACUCGGGAAGCCAGGCCAACAUGUCGGUGUACCUUACUGCACUUGAGCCGGGCGAUACCGUGUUGGGAAUGGACUUGGCCCAUGGUGGUCACCUGACGCACGGGAUGAAGCUCAACAUUUCGGGGCGGCUGUACCAGUUCAAGAGCUACGGCGUGUCUGAGGACACCCAGCGGAUCGACUUCGACGCGUUGGCCAAGAGUGCCCGCGAGCAUCGCCCCAAGCUGAUCGUCGCCGGGGCGAGUGCCUAUCCCCGCGAGAUCGAGCACGCGAAGUUCGCGGAGAUCGCCGAGGAAGUGGGCGCGAAGCUGAUGGUCGACAUGGCCCAUUAUGCUGGUCUGGUGGCUGCUGGGCUGCACAAUAGUCCUGUGCCGGUGGCCGACUUUGUGACGACCACCACGCAUAAGACAUUGCGUGGGCCUCGCGCGGGAUUGGUGAUGUGCCGGGAACAGUACGCCAAGGAGAUCGACCGUAGUGUGUUCCCCGGGCUGCAGGGUGGACCGCUGAUGCACAUCGUGGCGGCCAAGGCGAUUUGUUUUGGCGAGGCGUUGCGGGCCGAGUUCAAGCAGUAUGCUCAGCAAGUGAUCGACAAUGCCAAGGCCCUGGGUGAGGUGCUGUUGGGCGGCGGGCUGAAGCUCUCUUCCGGAGGUACCGACAAUCACCUGCUGCUGGUCGAUGUCACCCCGUUGGGCAUUGGCGGUAAGCAGGCCGAGGAAGUGCUCGACGAGUGCGGAAUUACGGUAAAUAAGAAUAUGAUUCCCUACGACAAGCGGAAGCCGAUGGAUCCCUCGGGAAUUCGCAUUGGUACCCCGGCGCUGACCACGCGUGGAAUGGGCACCGCCGAGAUGCAGACCAUCGGGCAGUGGAUUCUUGACGUGCUGAAGGCCCCCGAAGACAGUUCGCUCUCGGAUCGGGUACGCGGACAGAUUCAAGAGUUGUGUCGUCAGUUCCCCGUGCCGGCCGUGCGUUUGGCGAGCGACGACGUGGCUAUUGGCGUCCAUCAACCAUUUUGCAGCCGUACGACACGGCUGGAGCAGAAGAUGCCCGAAACGAAGAGUCGCAUCCUGAUCGCCGACGAUAACGCGACGAAUGUCGAGUUGCUCGAAGCGUACCUUUCCGGCGUCGAUGCCGAUAUUGAAAUCGCCGUCGAUGGGCUCGACACCUUGGAGAAGGUUAAGGCAUUCAAGCCGGAUCUGAUCCUGCUGGACAUCAUGAUGCCGAAGCUCAGCGGAUUCGAGGUCUGCAAGAAGCUGAAGGAUGACCCUACGACGAGUUCGAUCAUGAUCUUGAUGGUCACCGCUUUGAACGAGUUGGGCGACAUCGAACGAGCCGUAGGUGCAGGGACCGAUGACUUCUUGAGCAAGCCGGUCAAUCAAGUCGAGCUGGUGAAACGGGUGGAGAACAUGCUGCGUCUGCACCAUGUGACCGAUGAGUUGGAGCGACUGCGACGAUACAUCGAAGGAAUGGAAGACUCGGAAGGGCCGAAGGCCUAA